AUGAGGAGACCUGAAGACUCCGUACUCCUGAUUAUAGUCGUUGGACUGAUCAUCGCCGUUGCGUUUGCCGAAGAGCCAAAGGUCAACGAACCCAGUAUCACUACCACAUGGAUAUCUGAAUCGACCAUUGCAAGUGUCCAUCCCACGUCAAGUAUUACUCCGACGUCAAGCAGCUCAACUACUUCGACAGAGACACGAACAUCGACGCACAUAGUCCCGACCGUAACGACUAGUUCUACACCCAGCCCUACACCCACUCAUAAUGGCGUGUUCUAUAAUGUACCGGACAAUGAAGACCGGAAUCGGAGUUGCAUCCUUUUCUCUGCCGAAAUGAUACAAGUGACGCUCAACUAUGUCACCAUAAAUGGCACGAUCCAACCGAAGGUUUUCAAUUUGUAUAACUCAAGUAUGGAACUGAACCUUAACGAGAGUCACUGCACCAAAGAUGAUCGUGGCUGGGCAUAUCUGACAAUCGACUGGCGGACGACGCCCACAUCGUCAGCCACCCAAAGCCUCACGUUUUACUUUGCCAGACAAGAGUACACCUGGAAGUUGGGCAUCAUCAAGCUGGUCCUCAAUACCACCGACAACGAUUUUCCAAACAUCAAAAGUCUCGCUGAGUUUCACUUUCAGUACGAGAAGGUGGUCUUUGAAAACGAGUACGAGAGAUCGUACAAGUGUGACAAAUCCCAGCGGUUCGGGUUGGAAAACACGGAUGCAAGUGUGACUGUCAUCAAUGUGACUACCGUUGCGCUGAUGCCUGUCUGGAGAAUACAGGCUUUUGAGUUUAGGAAGGAAAAUGAGUUUGGGAAUGCACGCAUAUGUCCUCAGAGUAUUGCCAAGAACAUAAAGCUCCCAGCUAUUGUAGGAGGUGUCCUCUUUCUCUUUCUGUCCGCCGUGGUUGUUGUCUACAUCAUCAGCCGAUUCCGAAGACGAAAACUCGCAUCUUAUGCAGCUCUAAAAUAGAAAAAACCUUAGUUCGUUAUUGCGUAUUGCCUCUUUUGUGUGCUUGUUAUGUCAUUUCCCCGUGAGUCACGUGCGCGGGACUAACCUUUGACCC